AUGCCGCCAGGAAAAUCGCAGAGGAAAGUUCGUCCUUCGACAGCUUCGGGGGCAUUAGAAACUCAUGAGCUUGUUGACUUACUAGACGAACUAAGACCCGCUACUGCACCGGGAAAAAAUCUUCUGGGACUCGAUCCAACGUACAUUACUUCAAGACAUCAUGUUCCAGGGGUUCCGAUUACUUCGAAGUUGAGAGGAAGGCAGGUUUUUGGCGGAAUACCGGAGAAUGAUCUUAAAGGUACUCAGGGAAGAAGAGCAACUUUAGGUGGCCUUGAAGAUGUUGAGGAACAUGAAAAGCCAAAAAGACCGAGCACGGCUGUUGGAGUUUCCAAGCAAGUCAAGGUAAUUUUGUGAGCUUUUACAAUGUAGUUUGCUGUGAAGCAACGCGGUCCGGAACGAUCGAGCAAAAGGUUGGAUUGUUGAAAUUUAAUCUUUCCCCGUAUGUUUCACUACCUUUGCGGACAGCUGUGUUAGUUAGUGGAAAAAAUAAAGUUUGCUUUCAAAGACAUACAGUUUGACACUUCUUUAAAACAAUUCAUAAUCGAGCCUUUGUAAUUUUAGCUCACAUACUCACCUCUUAAAUAAUGGAGCGGUUUGAAUCCCUUAAUUGAAGAAAACUUGAUGAAUUUGGAAAUUUGUUUCCCUUGUAUUGAAUGAAUACCUCUGAUUAAGACGCUCAAGAUCACGUUAAAACUUUAACUUUGUACUGAAGCAACAGACUGAAAGGUUAAUCGUAAGUUUUAUACUGUAUUAUAGUUAAUCGAUAUAUUAAGCUUAUGUUUAUUUUACACUAACAGUGUUUCAGCGGAAUUAGAAAAAAAGAAGUCUUUAAUACAUAAAGUAGAAUCUUUUUAAAAAAUUGAUUUGCUGUUAGCUAUGAAAAAUGCUUAAAGUAUUCAGUUGUAAAUGUGGUAAGUAUUUUCAUUCAUUACAAAUUUUUGUAGUCAAUUAAUUAUCUCAACUUGAAAAGCUUAAGUAAUGAUUAAAUUGUUGUCAAUAAUGCUAAUGAGGCCUCAUGGCAUCUGAACUGGAAGAUAAACAGACUGUUAAUGAAACAGAAUGUCCUGGGGGCGGGGGCGGGGGGUUACUUCCUCGUAAUAGGCUAAUGGGGAUGUGCUGCUGGAUGGGGGUGCAUUUUCACGGCUGGAUUGACUGUAAUGGGGUUGCAUUUUCAUUAGAGCUACUAGAAUGGGAUCAUACAAAUCCCGACCAAUAUGCGACAAAAAACUGCACAAAAUAUAAAAUAAAAUUGAAUAGUUGUACGUGAAGACGUGCAAGAUAAAUCUCAACAUAAAAAUGACAAUCAAUUAGCAUACAUUUUAGAGAGAAUUUGUCCUCUCAGAACACUAAAAAUAAAAUUUCGGAGCUUCAAGACAUAAAAAAUUUAUCUGGGGGAGCAUGCUCCCAGACCCUCUAGCAGCUCAUGCCUUGGGCACUGGCGUGAUUCAUUUGGUGGCACAUGUCAGUCUAUUAAGCAAACUAUUAAAGCUUCCGUCUUGUGGUUUCUUUCCUCUAAUCUUUCUCUGGGGUAGUGCAGUUACUGUUUUUUUUUUCACAAGUGCCCAUCCUUCACAGAAUAGUUAUUUAUUCUUGUGUUCCUUUAUUUUAGCUUGAAGACAGAAUUACUCUGGACCACCUGAAUAAAAUGAGACAGGCUUUUGAGGUAUUUGUGCAUAUAGUUCUAACACAUUAAAAUAUUAGGUGUUAUGACAUCAUUGACUUAAGUUACUGCGCUUUUCACAAACAUGCGAAUUCUGAAGUUCAAAAGCCAACUGACGAUUGGGUUUUUUGCUGCUGUCAAUCAUCUUAACAGAACUGUUAGGAGACAAAACUUUACUUUAAUGCAUUCAAAAGGUCAUCGUUUGUGAUUUGUGAUUGGUGGAUUUUGAUCUGUUUUGUGUGUUUCUGUGUUUCAAGGUUCGUUGGUAGUGAUCGUAAUUAUGAUUGACGGCAGCGAAAAUUGUGAAGGUGUCUUUUGAACUUUAGAGUUCGCAUGUUUGUGAAAAGGGCAGUAAGUACUGUGUAAAUAGUACAAAAAAUUGCUUUUCUGUUAUUUACCCCUUCGCUGUCAACCCUAUUGAGAAGUCCAGUGCCAAUGCAAAUUGACCCUUUUUUUUAGAAUUAGACACUAAUGACCUUAAGUGCGAAUAACACCCAAGCAUUAACAACUAAAACAACAAGUAUAAAUUUUCUAAAACUGCAAAAAAAUAUUCUUAUUCCCAACUUGUGCAAAAUAUUGAUUUUUGAUCAUGAGAGUCAAUGUUUUCAUCCUCCUCAUUUUGCUGAAGAGUUUGUCUCAAAAUCUCUCAAAUAGCUCUUUUUAUUGGAAAAAUUUUCCUUACCAGAAUCAUUCCAUAUCUCAAUCAUUAAAUACAUGUGGAGCAGUUUGGUAUUUCCCCAUUUUCAAAAUUGAUCAGAAAUCAAAACUAAGAGAGUUAAAUAAUUCCAGGGCUGUGUUUGUUGAUUGACAGGAGGCAGAUUCAGAUGGCAAUGGAACACUUGAUCUGGAAGAGUUUAAAGAUGUCAUUACUAACUUGUUUAAUGUUAAAUUCAAGGUUGGUUCUUCAUUUGAUUAUUGUUCAUUCUUGUAGUCCCAGGGCACCGUGAGGUCAUAAUUUUGUUCCAAAUAUUUAAGGUAAAAAUUAUAUAGUUUAGAUAAGAAUAGCGGCAUACCUCUGGGCAUUACUCUUACCAAACCAGGUAGAAACUCCGCAAGCAUUUGAAAUAAUUGUCCAUAAAAUUCAGAUUAUUCUGCUUGAACUGGUUUGGUAAGUGUUCUUAGUACCCUGCGCGACUCUCCUGUUUGUUUUGUAAAACUCACAACUUCACCUGGAAAAAGCUGCCUUUCGAUAUCUGAGGAAGGUAAUUAUUAGUCAAGCUUACUUAAGCAGCGAGACUCUGUGUUUCCUUUUCCUUUUUCUUGUGUGCCCACCAAAAGGGGGAUCAUGGUCCCAGGUGUCCCCAGUGGCGACCGUGGAAACUGGUGAUAAAUAUCGUAAUCCGAUGUGCAGCAUGUAUGUAUUCAAAAGAUGUCGGGCUUUUCCGGAAUGGGUUGGUCCAUAAAUUCUAUUGCUUGAAAGCGUUGUUUAUUUUGGAACAAGUGAAUACUUCAAUGUUUUAUGAGCAAAACGUCAGCAAAACUUCGAUGGUGAGGCCAACUGGUCGGGUGUUGUAAACUUUCAUUGUAUGCAAAUGAGUCUUGCGAUGAGCAAGCAAUUUUUUUGGUGGUGAUUGAAAUGAGGUGCCAUGUUCAUCACAUUUUUGCUCUUUGGUAAUGUGACAUAAAAAGUGAAUAUCCUGAAGAAUGCUUGACCGUCUAUAAAGUAGGAUAUGAAAAACCUUUAGCAAGGAAAUUUUGUUUCGUGUAGAAUUAAUCGCCCUCUAAUUCCUUCUUCAAGCUUGACUUAAUGCUUUUUUAAAGAGCAUUCUUGUUAGAAAAAAUUUUGUUGAUCCUGUUUCAUUAAUGAUUGGAAGGUUAAUAUCCAAAACAAUACAAGCUGCAGCAGAGCUGCCAGUUUAUUGAAUUUUCCUUGACUUCAAAAACAUUUCUAAUCAUCGGGGGUGUUCUGAAGGUUAGGUUUUUGGAGUCAAGCCCCAAGGGACACCUUGAUUUUAAAUUCUCUCCUUAAUUUUUCAUAAGAAGAAAAUUGACUUGAGAAUCCAGCACUUUAUCUCUGGCACUUUUUCCUUUCAGUAAUUAUUGAAAGCAACCUUUGGGUUGUAUAAUUAUUAUCCAGAGCCUUUUUUUUUGGCAAUGAAAAUUUGAGCUAAAUGUUGAAAACUUAGGCUCGGUUCAAAUGUCGAACUUUACGUGUGCUGAACCUAAUUAUUAGGCACGUGUAAAGUUCGACAUAUGAACCGGGCCUUAUUUUUAUUCCAUUGUCUUUACAUAUUUUUUAUUUGGAAAUUAUGAACAAUAUAAAUUUGCUCAAGUGAAGUGGAGAGUAGUUUUUCUUUUUUAUAUGGCACCUCCCAAUAAGAAACUGAAAUUUUCUUUAAAUUUUCUGCGUUUUAAUGUUAAACAAAAAUUGCAAUGGAAAGCUUGCCUAAUUUGACUCAAAAUAAACAAAAUUAGAUUUAGCAGGUGAUUCAAGUGGAGAUCUUGUAUUAGUUAUUGAUUUUGGUAAGUACUUAACAGAGAAACCUUUGUCAUUUAUUUAACAAGUAGGUUUAUUAACUUGUUUCUGUGAGCUUUCACGGGAAAUUGUGUGAAUUAUUUCCAUCUCAGUUAUAAAUUUAAUAUAUUUGGUACCCUGAUAAUAGAGUGAAGAUCAGGUCACAGCUUUGUUCAUGAAAAUCGAUUCUUCUUCAGAUGGGGAAAUCAACUGGGUAAGUUUCAUGCUCCAUUAUUGCUUAGUCGUAUACUUCUACAUCUACGGGCACUCUAAACAGGCAAAAUAUCCUGUGAUUGUCUUGCUUUUACAUAGAUUUGCUCUAUUGCUCAGUUAAAUAAUGGAUUCUUUCUAUUUACAAUUUCUGUGUUAACUGUUUCUAUGGUAAUGCUGGUUUUGUUUAACAGCUUGAAUUACAGUUUAGUUUUUUGAGUCAACUGCAAUUUUAAGCACACCUGGCGUGUUUUUUUUUGUUGUCACCUAGUUUAAUUUUCAAUAGGAAAAUGUGUUUCAUAGUUAUGUAAAUUUGAUCAUUAGUUGGGAGAUAAUUCUGAAAUCUCAACUGAAUUUUUUGGUGGUUCAAAUGUAUUUGAGUCUAGGAAAAUUAAUGGCUAACCACGAAUUGACGGUAUUCAUAAUUUAUUAUUUUAUACAUGUAAAAAAUGAGCAAUAAUGCUUUGUUUGAAGGUGUGCUUUAGAUAUUCAAGAAUGUUUCAGCAGAUUUUGUUUUUACUGCUCAUGCUUUUGACAAUGUAUGGUUUCUUUGCAUUCCAAAUUUUGUUUAUUUCUAAUAAUUUUAAGAUAUUGUUUUAAAUGAACUCUGUUCCCCUGUGAGAAAAGUAACAUCCCAUGAAAUUAAGUCUUUUAUUUGGAAGCUACACUGUACAUGUACGUUACUGAGCAUUGUGGCUGUAGCAAGAUUAUUAAACUUAACUGUUGAAUUCUAAAUCAUGACUCCAGGUGCAGGAGAGUGAAGCUUGUCUUGCUGUGAAAUUUUAAAGAAUAUUCUAUCCUUGAUAAUAAAUUUUGCUGUGUUGGCCUUUUAACUUUUUUUUUCAUUUUUGUUAGGUUUGAAUGCUUAAUUUGAAGCCUUGCUCACUGUAAAAAUUAAAAAUUUGAGAAAUGGAAAAAAAAGCAAAAUAAACAGUUGUACAUGCUUAAAGAAGGGCUUCUGCUAGAAAUUUUGUUCAAUUGAUCAGAUUAAGAAAUCAUGUUGAGGUUAUUUUGAUAAAAAAUGCGUAAUCUGGAAAUACAGGCCAUCUGAUAUUACACGAUGGUACGAUUUCGCACAAUUGACCUCAAAUCGCAUCCGAUCGCUCAAUUUGAGGAAAAUCGCAUAAUUUGUAAAAAAAUGCUGAAUUCAAGUAAAGUAAAGAAUGAAUUCUAACUUCAAUUAAACAUUUCCCCAAUCUUAAUGUUAUUUAAGGUGAUUUACCACUAAGGAAAGUCUUGCAAGACAUCUGAAACCUUCGAUCGCGGUAUCUUGGCCGCCAUUUUGACUUCAGAGACAAGCAGUGUGGUCAACGGUGUAACGGCAUCAUGUAAUAUUAAGCAAGUGUCCUUUUUUUCCGGGUCAAAUUAAACUAUUAUGUUUUAAAAUAGAUGUUUUAUUAUUCCUUUACAUUCAAAUUGCUUGUUAAACGACAUUAAAGUGGUUUUUCUCCUUUGAAACCUGGUAAAACGACGUAAAUUCGCCCUGAAAAAAUUGCAUAAUUUAUCGCAUAAUGGUCCUAUCUUAUCGCACAAUCUACCCUGAAAAUAAUAUUAUUGCACAAUUUCUGAUUUUUUAUCGCAUCCUAUCAGAUGGCCUGGAAAUAGUAACAAAACGAAUGCACAGCCUCUGAUAAUCUUAAAUGUGAUACUGAAUAAUUCAUCUUCUGCAGAGAAAAUGCUUAAUUGACCACAUUCAACUCCAUACAGUGUAAUUAAGACCUUUUCUUCUGCAUAAUGUGACCUUUGGAAAUCUAUUUAUACCAUGUUAGGAUGAAUUCUGUACAUUUAUGCAGCUGGAGUAUGCAGAGAAGGAAGAUUCAUACUUAAGAUCAAAAGAGGUAAAAUACAAUAAUAUUUCAAUAGUUAUAAGAAGGAGGUAUACAUCACUGCCGCCACGGGGUAACAUGUUGCAAAUUGGCCAGUGGUUAGGGUACAUAGUUAAAGAAAUUAUAAGCUUAAUUCUUCCGUACGUCGAGCUGAUUAUGUAACAACAACAAAGUUUACCUUAAAAAUUUUCAAGAUGGCUUGCAAGUCCUUUCAGAGUAAGUUUUCAAAACCAUUAGCAGAUUCUUUGCGCGUUUGAAGAGCUUUUACACCUCUUAACACCUUCGCAAGUCCAUAACAGACCAUUACGGGCCUCAAGUGAAUCCUACAACAAGUGGCUUUCCAUUGAACAACAACAACAACAGCAAAUUGAUUAAUGAAUCCGGGUAUUUGUGCAGCUCUGAUUCAGUGGAGGAAGAAAACGAAAUUGAAGAGCAAUCAGGUCGACCAAUCCAGCGUCAAAUUCCACAGUCAGAGCGAGGGAAAGCAAAAACAGUACUUGUUGAGAAUAAUUUAGGCACAGUGUCCUUCCCUUUCAGAUUUUUGAUUCAACUAAGUUUGCAAAUGGCACACACGUCCUGUGAUUUUCUCUUGGUUUACUGGAAGUUACAUUAAAACCCGGUCAUUUUGUAAUAUUUAAAAUGAAAUUUACUAAAAUUCAGUUGUAAUAACCAAACAUUUGGAGUUUAAAAAAAUUUAAUAAAACAAUUAUUCCAUUCACACUUGUACGAUAUGAGAUAGUUAUAGCCAGCUCGGCUCUACGAGCCUUGUUGUUGGCUAUUUACCACCUCAUAGCCCGCUCAUGGAAUAAUAAUUAAUGAGAGGUCAUAAAGCUUUCCCUGUGUUUCAUGCAGAGCAAGUAAUUAUCGGGUUACCUUGCGGUCAAGGUCAACCUUCCAGAAUUUGGAAGGUACAAUUUGAUUGGCUAAGCUUGGAAAAGGAAUGUUGUUUUCGGUUAAGCAGGCUUUUGUGGGGAGGGACGAAAUACGAGCUCCCCUAAAAACUCCUGCGUGGGAGGCUAAUAGUCACCCUUUGAUUUGAUAAACGAGGUUGUUAUCAGCCAUUUUAAUCAUUCAUCAGAGCAUGAUUGAUCUACGAGCAAACUUUGUUAUUGAUGCAGAAACAUUAUUUUUCAAUUAUGUCUUCCUGUUUUUAGACUGCUUUUGCUCUACCAGCUAUCAUUGCCAUGAGUGAGAACUCUAACUCUUCACAGAGGGAACAUGUUAUACGACUGUGUAACACAGCAGAUAACAACUUCCUUGUGGUUAGCAAGGUACUGAACAGUAAUGAGGCCUUCUAGCUGUUUCAUUCCCUUCCUACUUGUUGUUUUUACUGGGCAACUUGAAAUCUUAGUGAGAUUCCUGUGUCACUGUCAGCAUUUUUACUAUUUUUUAAUAAUUAUUGCAUUUCAGGGCUCCAAGCUCAAUUUUUUUCGAAGUUGCCUGUUGGUGACUUUUAAAAAGUUUUAAAAUGGUCACCAGACUUAAAAAAAUUGGUCGCCAUUAAAAAAAAACACUUGGUGUAAUUUUACAUGAAGGUUUAUACCACUGACCACAUUGAUUACUGGUACUCCAUGUUUUGCCUAAAGCUUUUUCAUGCACAUGACUGCUGGACAUAGGUUGCCAAAUUGGUGACUUUCACUGCAAGUUAAGUCGCCAAUACAUAUAUUGUUUUACUCGCACUGGCAUGCAAAAUGGCCACAGCUUGGAGCGCUGUAUUUGCAAUUUUCCUUGUUACUGUUGCAGUUUCACCCAUCUUCAUUUGGUUUGUCACCCUUUCAUCUGUCUUAUGUCACUGUUUCAAGGCCAUGUCGCUUGUUGUAAUUUUACUGUGAAAGGGCGUCAUGAGUAAUGAACCUGUAGUGGUGUGGUGAAGAGUGAGUACAUUCUUGGUGUAUGGACUGUCCUGUCCAAUUUUAGAGUCUCACAAAAUAUUAACCAAGUAGGGUUGUCAAAAGUAGCUGGCUGCAAAUGAAAAUCGGCACCUACUUGGUUAAUAUUGGCCGGCUACUCUGCUAGGCAUUUCUUUACAGAUGGCGUUUUUUAAAUGAAAUAUCCCUGGACUGGCCACUUAUUUUGAUGACUCAGCCGUCUAUUUCAAAACUUUCUGACAACCCUGACCAAGUAUUAAGGAACGAUCAGAAUUAGAGUCUGAAUUAAGGUCUUGAUUGAAUUUGGACUGUCUUUAGGCCUGGAAGUUUGAAAAUAGAUUGUGUGGCCUUGAAGUCUUGCAAAACUCCAUAUUGGCCAUAUAUAAUAAUGUUUACAUUUACUGUAUAUAACAUUUGUGAUCCACAGCUGUGAGUCUUAUGCCUUCAUCAUAGUGUCUCCCUUAGCAUCAGGGUUGCUGCUGAUCAGUUGACAUUACUCAUAAUCAUCAGCAUGUGAUCAUUAGUUCCCAGCUAUCAUGUUCUUUUACAAUUUCAUCGUAGACACUGUAUUUAACACAGUUUCAUGUCAGUAAUAGGUAGAAACCACCCUCCCAGGUCAAUUUGAUUUAACUGUAAUUUCUUUUGCAGGAUGGACUUGUCUCUUUUUGGUCUCAGAACAUGGAAUUUAAAAGGAUGAAGCAAGCAGUGCAUGUAAGUUAACAAAGUCGUUAACUUUCGUGGUACACUGAUUAAACAAACAAACAACAAUGUAUUUAUUAACAGAACUAUAAAGUUUACAAUACUCUAUGCCCUGCAAAUAGCUUGUGUUCCGUUUAAUUCUAGGCAGGACAAAACUUUAAAUAAAGGCAAUAUUAAAUUACUUGAGAAAAAAGGAGAAGAAAAGAAAUACAAUAACAUACAGAAAGAAACAACUGAUUUUUCACUUUUGAGUAAUAUGGCUUUCAACUUUUUUUUAAAUUUAUUUUGUUGCUUAUUUUUCAGGCUGAGAGCUCAACCAAGAAAACAAAAUGGAUUACAGAUUUUGUGCUUAUGCCUCAAUUCACUAAAUUUAUUAUUUCAACUGGGUAAGUUUCUGUAGGUAAUAACUGUCUAAAUCCAGUUCUUAAGUGUUCAAAUUUGUCAAAAAAGUUGCAUUAAUUUUUCACCGUUAUCAUUAUUUUUCAAGAUUCACCUGGUAGAUAAUAGCAUUAUACACUUGUGCAUGUAGAUUACUUAACAGCCAUGAGCUUUCAAGAAAUGCUAUAACGUCUUGUUUAUUGCAUUUUUUUGUUUAGGGAUAGGGAAAUUCAGUUCUUUGAAUUAUCAACAUUUGAGCCAUACUGUCAAAUCACUGGAUUAGAGACAACUCCUUUGAGACUAGAUUAUUGGUAAGAAAAUGAAAAAAGCCAUGCCCAUUUGGCAGUAACUGAUUCUUAAUGGUGGUAUUAAUAAAUUAUACAUCUGGCCGGGUAAUUAGUUUGAUUUUACAAAAUUAUUUUAAUUAAGUUAUUAUUGAUUAAUAAAGUUUCAGUUUUUUUCUUUGUAUCCUGGCUUGUGCAAGUUGGGGCCAGCAAGUGGAUUCAUAAUCAAACUGGACAAAUCAAUCCCUGCUUUACAGACACCCACUUGAUAUAGACACCUCAUUAUCACAGACAGUUUUCCUUGUCCCUAACCCUAGUCUCCCACGCAAGCGUUUUUAGGGGAGCUCGUAUUUUGUCCCUCCCACACAAAAGCUCCACUAAAAACGCCUGCGUUGGAGGCUUCCCUAGCCCUUCCAGUUUCUCUAAAUUUAAUCUGCUUAUUACAGACACCUGUUAUUACAGACACUUUCUGUGGCCCCCUUAGUGUCUGUGUUAACAGCCCUUGUAGAAUCAGACACUAUGUAGAAUCUAUGCAAAUGCUAUGUCACAAAGCUAUGCAAAACCUAUGUUAAUCACUCAUACAUUGCUUUAACCAGAUCCUAUGUUGUUUCUAUGCCAGGACUAUGUUUUUUGUAUCGAAAAUGCUAUGUUUUCGCUAGUCAAACGGAACCUAUUUAAAAGCUAUGCAGUUUUUAAAGGUAGGAAUAAAGGAAGAAAUGACAUAGUUUCCACAUAGCCUAUACAUACAGUUUACUUAGCUUGUGGAAAGAGAUUUUAGACUUCAUAGUCAACCUCAUAGAAAAAUCAUAGAAAAUAAAUAGCCUUCACAUAGGACUGAAAUAGAGUUUACAUAGUAAAAUUGAACAGGGAACAGUUGAUUAAAUAGCUUUUGAAUAGGGUUUGCUUAGAAUUUAGAUAGCCUAGAAAUAGAAAAAACAUAUGAAAAACAUAGCCUUUUUAAAGGUGACAUACACUUUGCAUAGCAUUAAAAUAGGGAAAACACAGAACAAAUAGUCUUUGCAUAGGUUUGAAAUAGGAUUUUAAUAGUAUUUGAAUAGGUAAAACAUAUCACAUACACAAGCUUUAACUAGAGUUCAAACAGAAAUUACAUAGAAUUGACAUAGUCUCUUAUGUAUGUUGGUUUCGAUCUGCUUAAGCAAAUGUAGUCUUUUAAAUACGUUCGUAAAAAUCACCAAAAUAGUAAAAAUAGUAAAAAAUAUGAAUUAGAAUACCUUUUACAUUGGUAAGAAAUAGGUUUUGAAACGAAAAAUUGAAAAACUAUGGCAAUAUAAUACCACGAACACUAAUAGUAACACAAAUGCAGUAUUUUCAUGGAGGUUUCAGAAUCGAAACCCCUUGUUUAAGUUUGCUUAUCGUGUAGACUUUUUGCUGAUGUCGUGCUCUUCAGUGCCAUACAGUUUCCUUUUGACUGCAACGAAUAAGUAUCUGCAAACAGAAAAGUGGAGAUUUUAAGGCAAAUGAACAUAAAAACAACCUGACGUUUUAGAAUUGAAACGAAGGAGUAUCAAAGCGUGAUCGACCGAUCCUUGUUCAGAUACGCGAAAAGGGGAGACAACACAGGCAAAUUGAAACUUAAUUGAGAAAAACAUCACUUACCAACGUUAGGAAUACUUUUUGUUGAACCUGGUAGGAAAAAGACCGUAAAUUGAAGUAAAAAGAAGCGUCUUCUUGUAAAAACGAACGCAAUACAGCUCGUCUUCUUUGACUUGAAAGCGCCCGCGUGGAGACAGACAAUUUUCACACCUUUUCAUUGGUUGAAAAGGCCCAUGUGACGAUAAAACGCAAAAUACGCAUGUGUUGAACUCACGGGCUUCCCUGGGAACUAGUGGAAACAAAAUGGCUGACAAACAUCCACCGAGGCAGGGAGCGUUUCGCAGUUUUGACCAUGCAGUUAUAUUCAGGAGACGUCCACAAUCAAGACGAAGGAUCGAACCCAAUGUAAAAGAAGAAAAUGAUGCAUGGAAGUAUCAUUUCAAGUGAAGAACUCAAGGGAAAAGCUAGAAAGGAAAGUUAAGACAGGGAUGAUGGAUGUAGCGAUUCAAUGCUUAACAAAAGUCUUCUCACUAAGAAACUAUCUGCAAGCACAAAAGAAAAUUGUAGUACAUGAUUUUUCAGUGUUUUAGUUUAAAACACUGCUUUUUACUUUGGAAGUAUGCUUAGCCUUCUGUAAGCGCUACUAUCAACAUAGUCACUUAAAAGCUAUGUUGGAAUAUCACAUAGGAAACGCAUAGACUACAUAUAUUUUUCAUAUGAGUGACAUAGGAAAAAAUAUGUUUAUGUAAAAGCUAUGUAGCCGUUAUCUCAUGAUAAAGCUAAAUGAAAAUGUCACAUAGUGAAUACAUAGGCUGCAAAUAUGUUUCAUCACGUAGCAUAGAAUAUACAUAGCACUAUGUAAAAGCUAAGAAACUUGUUGGAAAUAAAAGUGAAGAUCGAAAUGCUAUGUAAAAGCUAUUUUACUUUGAUGCAUAGUGAAUACAUAGGAUGCUAAUCGGAAGGAAAAGCAAAACUUUCUAUUGCAUAGUAAAUACAUAGCUAUGUUAAGACUAUGAAAAGAUUUUGAAUAGUAUUUGCAUAGGUAUUCAAAAGCUAUGUGCUUUUCGAAUAGCCUAAACAUAGUUUCAACAUAGAUUUUGCAUACUUUGGACUAUGUUGUUUGGUGUGUUACAUAGUUAAUACAUAGGCAGUAGUGAAGAUAACAUAGCUGAAACAUAGUCCAACAUAGUAAACAAAUAGCAUGAGCAUAGGUUUUGCAUAUGUCUGGUUCUACAAGGGAGGGUUUGAUUGUUAAAACAAAUGUCUGUCUUGGAAGGGCAGAAAAAAGAAGAAAAAAGAAAAAAAUCAGUUCAAUUUGUUUCAAAGGCUGAUAUUAUUGCCAUCAGAAUUAAUCAGACUGCUAGCAUUAUAUGUAAUCAGAUUUGUUUUAAUGCACAUAUUUGAAAAAUGAUGUUUGCAUUUAGGUCCCACAAAAAUAUAUGUAUCUAUAUUUCUUUAUUUGUUGUUAAGCACUGCAAUAGUAAAGAAUCUACACUCACUGAUGCUGUUUCAUUAUUUAACUCUACAGCUCAACUGGACCAGAUGAGUGUAUAAUACUUUAUGGGGACAGUCAGGUACAUGUAUAAUUUUGCUUCUGUUGAUUCUGGUGAAUUUUGUUCUCAUUGCCAUUAAUUGAUUUGGUCAAAGUCUUGCGUCAAGUCCAGAAAUGACAAGGAUAGCAAAGAUAGCUUUUUGUACUUUUUGUGCAAAAACAAAAAGAACAACAACAAAAACAACUAUAACUAAAACAAAACGAUUCAAGACAAAAUACCUAUAAAACAGUACCAACAGCUAGUGGCAAAUAUUUUAAUUUUUUUUGGCCACUUUUUUUUCAGGGAUGUGUAAAUAUUUUUAUGAUGAGUUCUGUUGGAGAAACAUUGAGGUAUGAAACUUAAUUUUCCAGUAUAAUACAAAAAUAUCAAAGUCACCCAUUACUUUUCUCUUUAUAAAUUAUAACAGACAGUUGAAUGAUACAAUUUAUUUGAAAAUUUUGUCUUGCUGAAUAGUUGUCAUAAUUUUCCAGGGAGAUUACAUGUAGUGAAGUUUUUUACUUUCUUCAACAAGUCUCUUUGUUUGAAGAAUAAAUGACUUGAAGGAAGACAUUCUUGUAAACAUUAAAUGUGGCCCUCAGCUUUGGAUAUGGCGUUACUGUUGUUCUUUUUGUGAACGAGUUUCUUGAUGUAUUCUGAGACACUGUAUGUGUAACUUUUAAUGGUAUUAGUAUUAUUGCAAAAGAAGUACUUGUAUACGUACAAAAAUAUCACAAAAAAACCUAGUUUAAAUGAAUUUUUACGUAAGCAUUUUGAACAAUAUUGCAUUUAAAAUUGUGGGAAGCAAAAUUAAAUGUGUGGCAACUAACAGGGUUUUGUCCUCCUUUGUAGUUUUAUUGUUAUUAUUUUAUAUGGUUAUUUACAUUGUGUGUUUGUCACUAAUUUAUUUUUUAUUGUGUGCUGUAUAUUGAUGUUGUUAUUUGUGGUCAAUAAAAACAAAUUUGUUGUUACAUAAACAAGGCAAUACUUUACAAGGAGAACCAACUUAACUUUGACAAUUGCGUUACGAUGACCCUGAAAGGAUAGGGUUUUUCUUGCUAUUUUUACCUUUUUUACUGUACGCCAAUAAAUAACAAAUGAAACUUAAGUAGAACCAACGAAAAAUAUAAAACCACAACAAACUCAGUCCUUGGAUAUUGUACUAAAAGAAACUUAUUUAUCUUGUAGAAAUUGGAAGAAAAUGCCAAAGGUUGAAGGAAUAGCAAGUGUAAAUAUAGACAGGUACGUACAUCUUCUAACGCAGUUACUGGAAUACUUUAUCAAGGGAUAUAGAACCCACUACGACUCUUUUUGUUGUUCUUAAGAUUACAGUCCUGUUAAGUUGAUCCUUUAGUUUGGCUCCAAGCACGAAGAGGGCGUGGAGCGCGAGAAACGCACCCCCGUCGCCUUGUCUGGUUUAAAAAGAUAAACCUUGAUUAUUUUUUUAAAAAAAUGGUUGUUGGGAAGUCGCUUUGACAUUAUAGCGUUUUACAUAUACACUGAAAAUGAAUGCGUUUAAUGUGGAGACUUCUUGAUUUACCACAGUGUUGUAAAUUCGGAGAAUUCAAGAUUCACGUGUAUCAGGUAAGGAAACAGUUCUUUAUAAUUCCCUUUUAAUGUUACAAGGAGUUAAUAAAGGAACAGAAAUCGUCCAGUUUUUAAUAGAGCAAUUUUCGUAUGACCUUGAAAAAUGGUUUCGGUAAUUGUUCGUUAUUUGUUUUAUCAGCCAAUGGAUGAAAAGAUCAAAACAUAGCCUCUUCGUUUUCUCGUCAAAGAAAACCUUAAUAUGGAGAAGGCAUUGUUCGAUUACCCAAUCGUGUUGCAGUAUGACGUCAAAGCGAAGUAUCGAUUGAUUUCUAGAAAGUUCUUUGGGCAUGAAGUUUUUUUCACCCGAGCGUUCGCUUGACCAACCAAAAGCCAUGCGCGUUUGUAUCCGUUCGAUAGACCAAUCAAAUCGCUCUAUUUUCGUUCGUUUGUUGUUUCUGUUUUGUUUCCGCGUUUUCAUUUCAAGGUCAUACGAAAAUCGCUCUAAAGCUUUGGCUACGUUCACGCGGCACCGGACCUGCUGAAAAAUUUGACCUGUCACUUCGUUCACACGGCACUUUGAACGGCUAGGCGUCUGGACUUUCCUGCGGUAAGGUUAGUUCCGUGUGAACAGAACACCUAAAUGCAGGAAUUUUAAACCGGUCGAAAAUUCGUCGCCUGCCGUCUGAACAUAGCCCGAGGGUUUUCUUUUUCUCGUUAGGAAGAAAUGGAAGAAAGAAGUCUAUCCAUUGCCACAUCUUUUUGUUUCAGUGAGUUUCAUGAAACAAAUUUCCGGUAACUCUUGCUUGUCUUUUUCUCCUUGUUGUAGAUGGAAGGUUCAUGACGACUGGGUCUCUCAGUUGAAAUAUUAUGACUCUCUAAGAGCAGUCAUUUCUUGUUCCAAUCACCCAGAAACUGCGUUGGUUAUUGGUAAGUUUAGCCGAUAGUCCGGUUUGUUUUACGGCCUCCCCUCCCUAGCCAUUGCUUCUUCUCCAAUUGCUUUGGUGUAUUCUCCAGAUUUUUCUGCGUCUCCCUCGUCCACCAAAUUUCAUUUACUCCUAUAGUUUCCUCUUACAUAUUUUCGUGAGUUCUUGUUCUUAUUUUCUCCAAGACUGUUCGCCUGAGAUGCCACCACUGGUUUCCCAUCGAAAUGACGUGCGCGAACGAGCGCAAAAAUCCCGUUUGAUGACGUGUCACUACUCAGAUCUGGGUAGUGCUUUUGAUUGAUUGAAGCAAAUUUCCCUCGCGGCACAACCAAUCAGAAGCACUUUCCUGAUGUGUAUAGUGACACGUCAUCAGUAUGGAAUUUCUGCGCUCGUUCCUCAGACAUCAUUUCGCGGGAAAACCAGUGAAGGCCUCGUAAAAUGUCGGUUGUUUUCUUAGGCUACCUGCCCUAAAAAAUUAGUUGCUUCGUUUGUUGCUUCGCAAGCAGAGCACGCAUGGUGAAGGAUUCUUCCGUAAAGUAGUCUACUGUUGAACCUUCAUUAAGCGGUCACCUAUUACAUGGCCAUUAAUCAAAGUCCCGAAAUAAUCGAGGUCAAGAAUGGGAAAUUGAACCUGUGUUAAGCGACCACCCCUAUUCGGCCGCGGCCACCUUUUCACCAUCCCAAAAUAUAUUCUUCCAUUGUUAUCACCUCUAUUAAGCGGUCAUCAAGUGCUUGGUACAUUUAGUUUGGCUUCAUUUUGAGUGUAUGAUGAAGGAAAAUACAGUCCGAAAUAGAAGGCGACAACCGAUUGUGGACCAGUGAUGCUUCUCCUCUCGGUCGUCACUUGUUUCCAUCCGCCAAACUGACAUUUUCCUCUCAGUGGCUCUAACAAGACAUUUCACUUUUCUUACAUGAAAUUUCUCUGUCUCUUGAAAUUUCUGUUCAUAAAAGUCCAAGUCUCUUCAAUUUUUAAGGAAAAAAAAAAUUCAGGAAGGCACGAGGAGGAUUCGAUCUCAGAGCAUCGGCUCUGCAGUGCAUCACUUUAACCCCUACACCACCGAGGAUUAGCCUACAAUGAAUGGUUAUAGAAACAACCCUAACCCCUACUUUGUGUACGAAUCAUUAAUCUGUCAAUGUCAGUUUGGCGGAUGGAAAUAAGUGUUGACCCCUCCUCUCCGUUUAAUGGAGGUUAAACUGUGAACCUCCAUUAUUGAUUUUGUUUAGUGGAGGUUAAACUGUAAUAACAAUAUUCAUUUUGUUUUCUUUUUCAUUCAGGUCAAACUAUGGGCAGCACUCAUGUUGAGUCUCAAUUAAAGGAUUCCAGUGGUGGUGCUUCAAAGAAAGUUCAGACCUCUACCGUGCGUGACUUGCAGCCAAGACGGCGAAUGGACAGCGAUCAGACUGUAUUCAAAGUGUACAAAGGCGUCAAGGCGUUUGACUUCUGCAAAGAAAAGAAUGUUAUUGUUACAGGAGGUGAGGGUUUUAGAAAAUGCUGCUGGGAAUUGUUUUUCUGUUGUUGUUACAGUUUGCUCCAGUGCGCUAACACAAGAGUUCUUACACAUUUUCACGUCGUAGUCGUGCAGUGACGGCACAAAAAGUACAAAAAAGCGUGAUGUACAUGCAAGGUUGUUGUUUUGCUAAUCUUCUCUUAUUACUUUUUCGACGUUCUCGUUGUUGUCUCCGUUGUUGUUGCUUAGGGCCUGUUUACAUGAAGGUGGGGGACCCCAGGUAGGUGAGGUAACCCGCUUAGGUGGGGUAACCCGCCUGUCCAUAUAAUCUCUUAUUUUAAUUUGAUCACGUUUACAUCGUAGGUAGGGUGACCCGCCACAUGUUACCUCACCUAUCUGGGGUUCCCCAACUCCAAAUGAACAGGUCCUAAGACUCCCUUGUCGCGGCAGUUUUCCCCCUCAAAAAAAAAAAACGUCGGUGUGAUAUGGAUGUUUUGCGUUCUACAGUGUAUGUUGCUCGAAUGUGACGUGCAGCAUCAUGUGUAUUGCUUGUUCAGCCUUCAAACAAAUUAUUCAUUUUGCCUUUUUAAAGGAAUGGACAGACUUGUAAGAAUGUGGAAUCCUUACGUUCCAAGGUAGGCAAGAGGUCUAAUGUUGAAAAUUUUUACAUUAAAAAGGGGAUGUCAAGUUUUAAAAGUCUUAGCAAAUCUAAAGUCACAAUUGCUUUGCCGGUUUAAAGUAUUGCCGCAUCGCCAAGUCAGUCGUAACUUGUCGGCAACAUACGUAUUUCCCGCGCUUAGAAUCAGCUACAUAUCUUUGUUAGGGCGAGGUUCCAGUUAGCGAGGGUUCGAGUUAUCGGGAGUCGACUAUACGUCAAAGCAUUCUUUUUCCUUUCAGUAAACCAACUGGUCUUCUGCGGGGACACACAGCACCUAUAUUUCAUUUAUUUAUUUGCCCCGAAGAUGACAGAAUAUUCAGUGUCUCUACUGAUAAGACAGUUAAGGUGAGGUAACUUUAUUUUUAUACAAACAAAUAAAACAAACAAAACAAGAAACAACAACAGCAUUUACUACUUUGAACUCAUGGGUGGUUCAUGUCUCAGAAACAAGGUUUAUGGCUGGCCACGUGGUCCACCGUAAGUAGAGAACGUUUGCUAUUUUAGAUCAGUGAAUCAUUUUGAGGGAAAUUUACUUUCUGUUUAUUGAUCCAAGGUUUGGGACCUUCAUGAUCACACUUGUUUACUGACUGUCCGUCCAAAGGCGCAUAAGAUCAGAGGAGAUCUGUCGGGUGAGUAGUGAGAGUGUUUUCAAGUAAAAUGAAUUAAAAAAAAUACAUUAAAAUUUAAAAAGCUGUAGUUAUAAAGGAGGUCUUCACCAUCUGCUCUCUUGUGCGAUGCUCGAUUAGGUCAGGAAAUGACCUUGGCUCUAGUCAAGAAUUGAGCCCGCGCUCCUCCCCCGAAAAGACUCUCUUCUUGAGGAAGAACAAGAUCGGACCUUACAGACAGGCGGAAAUCCAGCCCAACCGGUGCUGGAUGCAUCUUUCUGCUUUAUGGUGCAAUCAUUUCUCUUAUGAUUGGUGGUCAGGCAUGUUACACUGUUAAGAAGUGUUAAUAUUUCUCAAAGCUGAACUUUAUCUUUUUGAAAUCUUCAUCUUGCGAGUUACUUACAGAUAAGCGAGUGCGUUCCAGCAGACCCUGCUGGUCAAAUCUGCAGGAUACCCCAUAACCAUAGCGAUAGCAAGCUUGGCAUCGGCUACAUCUAUAGUACACGAGAGAUCCUUCACAAUUUUUCCACGUAUGAGGCGCGUGAGAAGUUAAGGGUUCGAGGGACGCACUGCAUGUCCUUCGCCGUUGCGUACAUGGUUUGGACAGGAAAAUGGGAGGGGGAUUGGAGAGAGAGGAGGAUUCCAGUCGCUUUCCCCUUUCGCUCUUUUCCUCCCCCUCCCCUCCGCUCUUGCGCCUUCCACAGAGGCUACUACUCUUGUGUCUCCCAUUGCUUUAUCUCAAUUUUUUUCUUCAUUCCUUCGUUAGCAAUUCACUACAAUCCUUCCAGUAAAGGCCUAGCUGUAGCUACGUCCGAACAAAUCGCUCUUCUACCACUGAAAAAUAAGUAAGUCUAUUAAAAAGUGAUUAUGUACUCUUUCAUUAUAUGUAGUUAACUCAUGUCGUUAUGACGUGGACUAAGGAUCGUUAUGUUAUUAAUUUUCUAUUGUCAAGAUAUAUUUAAGGGCUUUUUGAAAAAUGUUAAACUGAUUAAAUACUUUUAUUUUGAAAAAGGCUCAUUUCAUUGGUUGACGCUAGAUUAAGAAUAAAGGGAAAUAAGCGCCCUGUUUCGAAUAUGCUCUUUUUUGCUCCCUCCCUUAAGUUACCAUAAGUGAAUAAGCAUCCUGCGCGCUGCAUCGAAAAAUUACGGUAGGUUGUUUUCCAUAUCAUCUUCCACUGGUGAAAUGUUGGAGUUAACUUGCGGACACAAAUAUUGUUUUUGAAAGAAUGAACUUGCCUUAUAACAAAUGUAAGUGAUUAAUUAUAUCACCAUAUCUUUUGCAUAAAUUUAUUCAUGACCAGAUUAAUAUGACCAUGACCUUAAAAGUCCUUAAUUCCACUUUAAUAACAGUUAUAGCCACAGUACACCAAACAAACAGAUGACGAUAAAUCAGUAACUAAAUAGACUUUUAUUCAUGGAUUUGCUGCAAAGCGGCAUGAUAAAUUACGGAUUCAUUCAAAAAUACUUUACAUCUGCAUGGUUUUCCAAGUUGCGAACGUUUGUUGUGUUUUUCAGAAUGUCAUCGAAAGACAUGAUAACUACUCACAGGGAAGCUGUGAUGUGUGUAAAAUACAACAAGAGCUUUAAGCAUGUCAUUACAGCGUCUGAAAACUCGGUGAGUAUUGAGACGGAAUCCACCAGGAAAUUGAGUAAUUUUAAUUUUCAGUGGACAAAAACCUUGUACCAGAAUAAUUUAAAGAAUAUUGCAUUCUUUUUUACAUAUUUCAAGGGCUAAAGAUGUAAUUAGUCAUCUAUAAUAACACCAAAGAAAAUUUUUCAUUGGACUCCGAGAAAAUGAAUGUCAAAAUUCACAAGAAUUGUGAAAACACAGGUAAAAUUUCGAAAAAUUAAUGUGCAAGAUGUAAUUUUGUGAAAUUUGACGUUCGUUUUCUCGGACCCCCAUAAGAAAUUUUCUGUGGUGCUGAUGACUAAUUGCAUCUUUGGCCCUUGAAAAAUGUAAAAAAGAAUGUAAUAUGCUUUAAAUUAUUCUGGUACAAGGUUUUUGUCCACUGAAAAUUAAAAUUACUCAAUUUCCUGGUGGAUUCCGUCUUGAACACCUACUUAACGGUCCCGAGGGAAACAGUUAAUUUUGUUUCCCGAGAAUCUUAAUGUUUCCCGAGGUGAAGCCGAGAGUAACAUCGAGAUUCGAGGGAAACAAAAUUAACUGUUUCCCGAGGGACCAGUCUUAUGGUGAUUUGUAUAUAGCUGACGUCCUAGUUGAAACCCAGCUUCCACUUGUUCAGGGUGUGAGAACAAAGAAAAUAAAAAUAGUAAAAUUUUCUAUAAUAAUGGGUUCCGUAUUGUAGGUGAUUAAAGUAUGGGACGUGGAAACCGGAAGGUCGGUGUUUGAAUUUUCACAAGCUCAUGGAGACCACGCCGUUACCUGUAUGAGCUUUGAUUCUACAGAAAGAAGGUAUGCAGUUUUCUCGUUGAAUAGCGCUUUUUUCGUUAUUAUUCUUUGUAAUGAUAUUCGUCAUAUAUUACGUUCAAUCCUAGCACGUUUCUCUCUUUUUGACAUCAUGCAUAACUGAUAAAAAAAAAGAACAUCAGCAACAACAAUAGAAAACCUUUAGAUUCGAAGGCGAGGACAAUAUUUGACUUAAAGUUUUUUCGCGUAUUCUUAAAAAAUAGACACCCCGAGAAGCCUCACUGUACUAUUUUUACCAGAGAAGUAAGCAUGGUUAUUUUUAUUAGCCCUCUCCCGAUCGUAAAAUGAUAAAAACGUCCGGCAUUUGAUAGACUAUAUGGCUUAUUUCCGCCACAGUGACUACGUCUUUUGGCUAAAACCCGCGUAGUAGAAUGACGACGACUGGCACGUUUUCCCGCCAAAAUAGGCUGAUUUAGCAACAGAACGGUAACGUCAGUUGACAACGGCGCGCGCAAAUCAAACAACUGGCUUGACCAAUGGCAGAGAGGCAAAUUGGGCACCGGAAGUCGUGUUUAGUCCUUUCCGCGCGCUUUCCCGUCGUCAACUGACGUUCCCGUCCUGUUGCUAAAUCAGCCUAGACUCGGGUUCACGCGUGCGCUCUAAAGAGUACUGAGAAGGUCUCGUACUCGUAGUGGUACUCGUCCUAGAAUCUAAAGGACUCUAACAACAAACUUUAGGGAGCUUAAGCAACGACGUUUUUGAGCGACGCACGUCAACCGGAAGUUGCCCUUUUUCAUUUUUGGGCGAUGGUUUUGCCCAAAUUUUCAGUCAAAUCGUCUCUGUAAGAGUAAAGAAACUAAGCAAUACAAAUUACAUAGCGUCAAGGCAUAUUACAAGGGAAAAGUUCUCACUUCCGGUUGACGUCCGUUGCUCAAAAACGUCUUUGCUUAAGCUCCCUAAUAACAACAGCAACAACAGAACCAACAAAAACAUGACAAAAUCAAAACUGGGCGUACGAUAAACUCAACCUUGUUAUCGUCUUUUCUUACUUUUGUGUAUAUUUUCACUGGCAGGUUGAUCACAGGCGGCAGAGAUGGAAGGCUUAGAAUAUGGAACUACAACAAUGGUCAUUGCCUUAGAACAUUGGAAAAAGGUAAGAUUUCCACUCAUGCACGGACUGAACGUGGAUAUUUACGCGAAAAAUACUGCAUUGCGUUACUUGCUUCAGAAUCAUGCGCUCCUUUUACUGUCGCGAAAUCAGACAGUUUUGAUGACAAUCCAUUCAAACUUCUUAAAACUGAUAGCUUAUUUGAAAAAUUAGAUACACCUUUGUGUGUUUCGAAAUUUCGUUUACGUUAGUCUGCUCAGUUAAGAAUUGGUAACGUUUUUUUUGUAUGGACUACAUGUUCACUAUAUCUUCAUAAUUUUACCUUGGGUAGCAAUGAAAUUGUCUAAAAUUACCUGAAUUACUGAAACGCACAAUUUGAUUCGAUCUUUUAUUGAAUUGCAGAAAGCGACAUUGACGAAGUUGCAGAUUUAACUUAUCUAGUCUUAAAUAAAAACAGGUGAGACAUUUUCACAAUAAACCCCAUAAAAAGGUUGGUAAUCUGUUGUUGUUAUAUAUACAUGUUCGUAAUUAAGGUGGGCAGCCCUGUUCUCAUAAGGAUGCAAAAAUGCAUGAAAGCCACUUUUCAGAAUGAUUGCAAAGGGGCCACUAAAAUGUCCAGCUCGAGGACAUUAAAGCUCUUUUUACUGACAUUGGUAAGGUGAUGUUACGGGAGACAAUUCGCAACGACGAUUUUUAACGCAGUGCAGCAUUACAACAUUGCUGCGACCUUGUUUCGAAUGAUUACAACAUUGUUCCAGCAUUCCAACGUUAUGUUGCGCUAAAAAUCGUCGUUACGAAUCAUCUCGUGUAACAUCACCGUUAGAAAAAUAAUCUUUGUCUUCCUUUGUUGCAGAUAUAUCAUUUCCGUAGGAUGGGACAGAAGAAUAAAUCUAUUUUCUGUGAGUUAUAUAGAUGUGUGAUAGAUCAGCCUGUUUUUUUCCCUGAUACUUGCCUUUGGGCCAAUACUUGCGUCUAGACCCAUUUCACGAUGAAAAGGGCCUCUUAUGGUAGCCUUCAGCGCAGGCGUAUUCUUGAGGCGAUCGAAAGUGCCGAUCGCCAACUUUUAGCCUGUGUACAGACGCACCCCUCCCCUCCCCUCCCCUCCCCUCCCCUCUGAGGGCAGGGGGCGUCGGUACACAGGCUACCAUCUGUAAUUCUGAAAACAGAGGAAGAUUAGAGUAUAGUAGAGGUAGCGACCAAUAGAGUGGGUGUCAGGGUGAAAAACGUGACCGAAGGAAGGAGGAGGUUCUCUCCUCUCUGCCCGCCUCUUCCCCGCCCCCUUUUUUUAUCUCACCUUCAUGCAAGUCUUUGAGUUUUCUGAAGUUCAAUGUAGUGAUUACACGAGAAAAUAAAGUACCCGAGCGCCACGAAGACACCUGGCCCGCAUUGCAGGCUACUCUUAUACUUUGGUCGCUAUUGAAAACCAGGCUUGACCUGUUAGGACGCAGGGUUUGGUAUACCAGUAGUCUCCCACAAUAUUUCGAUCACAUGCUUGAUUUUUCCAUUCUAAACAUCAUAUCAAUACAAUUUUACGUGAACAUAUAUCACAUGACAAUCUUUACGCAUGCCGUGAAUAAAAAUACCGUCUGGCUAGUAGCAAGGGCCCUGCUGUUCGUAGUAGUUUAACUGCUUCUCGUGGAAUGUCCCAGCCGAAAUCUGCAUCUUUCUUGAUAGAAGACGUGCGUAAAAGUGUUCUCCUGGUUCUUAGCAUUCCUUAUAAAAUUCAAAAGUGCAAAUCUCUUUACUUCACUCAGACAGUGUACUUCCCAAAUCGCAAUGUCUUUUUCGUAACCUGCGCUUUUUUGUUGAUAUUUGUUGUUUUAACAGGAUGACAAUGAAGAUUUCCAUCAUGUACAGCACCCGUAUGCUUACUGGAAAGACGAUCUGGUGAGAAGAUCUAAACACAUGGGUUGUCUGUUGUUUAUCUUUCCACUCUCUGCUCCCUUUUUCUUACAGCUUGUCUUCCAAUUUUGUUGAGUCAAGCUCCAAGAAAACUGCCUCGCGUAAUAACGCGAAAAAAUAAAACAAUAAAUAAACGGGUCAACUAGGCCAGUGCGAGACAAUCAGAGCUUGCACGAGUGCUGUUGGCUCGGGCAAAGGAGCCCUUUUUUUUCUCGUAUAAGCGCUUACUAAAGUUAACCCAUGUUGGAGGGUGACCCUCUAUCCCGGGAGAAAUUGUCUCCAUAUAAACGGGACCUUAAUGCGGUCGCAAGGCGAGCCAAGAAGGGGCACAAUGACAAAAACAACGAAAAAUGCAAAACGAAACGAAAAACAUGACUACGAAGGUCUACGAUUACUGCAACGUAAAACGAACGUUGCUAGAGAGGAAUCUUUCAGAAGAUUUUAGAUAAGGUGUCGUGUAACGUUGUCUUGCAACUUAACAACAACAUGCCUGGAUUUCAUAUACUAGACUUGUGCCUGCUCAAGCUUGAUCUUGGUUACCCUAACUUUGUUAUAGGUGAACGGCCACAAAGAAGAUAUUUUGUCAAUAACUGUGAGUCCGCCAAACCUUCUUGCAACUUCAAGUUACGAUGGCGAGGUGAGUUUGAACGCUGGUACUGAACCGCGAUCUUAUAUAGAUGAUAAGGGAGAGUGCGCGCGGAGCGGUACCUUGACUACGACUUUGUUACUAAGGCCUAUGCCAAACGUCGAACUCUUCUUGAGACGAACCAAACUCUAAUUUGGGUCCAUCUAAAUUAAGUUAACAUCUUCUUUCGAGUCAGAGGCUAGAUAUGCAUUAUCAUACAAAUUUUUCAUUUAUAGGUUAGUUCGUCGCAUGUGAAGAUCCACGUUUGUCCCGCAGACGAUCUUCAGGCGUUCUAUCCGUCUGAAGCAGACGGAUAGAAUGUGCUGGGCGAUCCAAACUCAUUCAGAUGAACUUAACUGAGCCACAUGUCGAACUUUUUAUAGAUGACUUAACUUACUAAGUUUGGUUCGUCUCAUGAAAAGGUCGACGUUUGGCCCGCUGGGCCUAAGUAAGAAAAAAUAGCAAACGACCGGAAUUGGCGUCAUGAACUUGGUUUAAGUUUAGUUCACGCGUUUAGAAGUGCAUUUUGUGGUUCAGAAGUCCCAGGUAGAGUUCAGGAGCAGGACGCUGGCAUGGUAAAUAAUGGUUAUGGCUGUAAUCUUUGCUUUCAUUGACUGUUUUCGUGAUGUUAUGAAUUCGAAUUUGAUGCUUUGUAGAUUAAAAAUUUGGAAUCAGAUAUCUGGACACAUUUUCUGCCACAUCGUGUUGUUAAAUAAUGGUUUAUGGCUGUAAUCUUUGCUUUCGUUAACUGUUUUCGUGAUGUUAUGAAUUCGAAUUUGAUGCUUUGUAGAUUAUUAUUUGGAAUCAGAUCUCUGGACACAUUUUCUGUCACAUCGUGUCACCGUUUGCGUCCAAAGGGAAUGGCGAAAACUUCUCCUCUCGAGAUUGUAAGUAACUGACUAUCAACGUACCAUGGCAUUGAAAAUUGUUUUUUAUACGUUACCGCUUUGGUCCUUUUUACUUCCGGGACUUCCAAACACCCAUUUCUAGAUUUGGAAAGUUGCAGUUUGCGAAGUAAAACUUGUGUGUACUCCCACACAUCUAUUUCUAGAUCUAGAAAGUUGCAGCUUACGAAAUAAAAUUCGUGUGGACUCCCGAACACCCAUUUCUAGAUCUAGAAAGUUAACGCUUGAAAAAUAAAACUCAUGUGGACUCCCAAACACCUAUUUCUUGAUCUAAAGAGUUGAAGCUUGCGAAAUAAGACUUGUGAGCAGAUUUGGUGUUAUACUGCAGAAUAAACCAGAUAAUGGGGAGUCUACGCAAAGGCGUUUUCAGUUUGAGAGACGCUCGUCAACCGGACGUGUGCUCAAGAACGGCUUUUCUUAAACUCCCUAAUAAGCAAAAAAAUUAUUCACACGAUCUCGUAUUUUCCUCCUUAUUGUAGUGGACGGUGGAAAUGCUAUAAAUAAGAUCCUCUUCUUGAAAGUUAGAGCGAUGAAAAAGGAUGCUGCCACCCUGGUGGCCAGUGGACCACAAGGUAAUGUCCCGGGAGGGUGCACGUGUGAAUUCUUGGUGGGGGUGUGCCGCCUGGCUCUCCAAAUCCUGACCCUAUUUCACACCAAAAAUGUCAUUUUCCACAUCCGUUUUCAGACCAGGGCUAAGUUGCGUAAAACCUUUUUAAGAUAAGGGGGUUCUUAACUUUUGUUCUGGAACAAUAACACCGUAAUUUUUAGGGAGUUAUUAUAACUCCAAAAAUGGAGUAAAAAUUUUAGGUACAGGAUAACCCCUUUUUUGGGGUUAUUUUAACUCCUAAUUCAACUCCGAAUUUGGGGUCAUUUUUACUCCUGAAAAAGAGUUCUUUUUACUCUCAGUCUGGAGUUAAAAUGACUCCGAAAUGGGGUUACUUGUACUCCUUACAUGGGUUGUUUUUACUCUUUUUGGAGUUAAUUUAACUCUGAAAGUGGAGGAAAAAUUUUAGGUACAGGAUAACUCCUUUUUUGGGGUUAUUUUAACUCCUCGAUAUCUGGGGUCACUUUUACUCCUGAAAAAGAGUUCUUUAAACUCCUUUUUGGAGUUAAAGAAACUCCACGAAAAAUAACUCCACUGUAAGGAGUUAAAUUAGCCCCACUAGAGGAGUUAUUAUAACUCCCUGAAAAUUACAGUGAACGUAUUGUUUUGAAACAACAGUAAUUAUAGUUACGAGUUCUCUUCAUCUUAAGAUGUUCUUUGCAACCCGACCCUGACCUCUAAAAUCCAUACGCGUUUUCAGACCUAACCUUUAGGUAGAAAUUAUGUCAUAAUUACUUAGAUUAGAGCGCAAACAAAUAAUUUCUUCAGAUGCAUUUCAAUUUCGCAUAUUUCUAUUUCUUCCUUAUUCAUUUGGAAUUGAAACGAUAAAUACGUUCAUACGCUCCCGUAGUUCUCUCGAAAUCCAUACCCGAUUCCAGACCAAAAUGGGCAAAGUGUAUACCCGUUUUCAGACCAAACGGAACCAAAAACCAUACCCGUUGGGGCGAUACAUACCUGUAUGGUUUAUAUAAGGGAGUACCCCCCCCCCCCGGAGUAAUGUAGACAAGAAGUCACAUUGUCUCCUCUUCUAAAUUUAUCAAAACAAAUUGCUUUAAACCCUUUCGAAUAGAAUAUAAUUUGAUUUUUGUAGUAAACAGAUAAGACUUUUCCUUCGUCGGCGAAUCUCGAUAACUCAUUCGCUUUUACCUAACCGUAAUAACCCUUUUGGAAAUUUAUCCUCUACCCGUGAAAUGAGACAUGUAUAUGGGUUGCACCCUCCGACUUCGACCAUCAAAGUGGUGAGUGGGGCUUAUUACAAAGAAAGUGAGGGUCAUUUUACGUUUCUUCAUGGGAAACUGCCCACCUACCCCUCCCCUAAACCGACAUUUUGCCCUAAGUAAGAACUAAGUGUUAAUGUUGGUUUUGGGAAGGGGUAGGUAGGCAGUUUCGCAGAAACGUAAAAUGAUCCGAAAGUGAGGGGGUAGUACUGUAAACAGAGAGGUCUUAAUAAGCUUUUAUUGCCAAUGUGUUGCAGGGCUGGUUCAUUUCUGGAACAUUUACACUGGUGGGACACUUUAUGCCGCGUUUUCGCCGGUAUGUGAUUUGUUUUUUUCUUUGAAUUUAUAUUUCAAGACUGAGACAAUCACGGGAAAGCCAGGUAUAAACGAGCUUAUAUUACCAGUAAUGCUGAAACAAAGAAAAAAAAAAGAACUUUGAUAUCUUAUUAGUGAAUCAUGUUUCCAUUUCAGUCCAAGAAUGGUAUAACGGCAAUGGCAUCCCUUGCGAGAGAUACGCGGCUGAUUACUGCUGACUCAGCAGGUUUGUUCUAUUCUCAUCGCUAUGGUUUUAUUGGUUUGUUUCGUGUUAUCUUAUUGUUUGAAACAACUGCAAACUUAAAUGUUGAGAACGGCUGGCCUACCUCUUACUUUUUGUAACAUUCCCAGGUUUCAUUUCCAUUUGGGAUGUGGAAGAUUAUUGCUUGAAGGGCAAAACAUGUCAGCCGCCAGAACGUGAGUAUUUAAUGCUACUGCAUGUAGUACUAUUAAAACUUAAGUUCAUGCUUAGUAAUACUUUAAUAAUUUAAUAAUUUAUUCACUUAAUAUAGCGCCUUUUAACAUUAAAAUGAUCAAAAGCGCUUAGACUUACUCAUGAGCAUGACCAUCUAUCAAAACGCAAUGAAGAAAACAAGUUAAGUGUAGUACAGGCUAAAUACAUAUUUAUUUGUUAGUUUGUCCACGCAAGUUUGCUUUCUUUUUUUUCACUUCAGGCUUGUUCUUUUGGCGUGCUCAUGUUCAGAGCAUUACAAGGUAAGAUCAAUUUUGUGCUGAACAGACCCUUCAGGGUUUUUAUCAACUUUUGACAAGGACAAAUUAGCGAAAAUCCGUCAACUCCACUGGAAAGAGCGCCUUUAAAUUAGUACAAUUGCCAAGUGUGAAUGUGAUUUGUUGAAAACUAACGAAGAUUCAGCUCCUCAAGUCACAGCAUUUUACAGACGUUUGUAUUGGGGGGGGGGGCACAAACUUGCCCCCACCAUACAGACGUCUGUAAAAUUUCAAUCAAUCAAUCAAUCAAUCAACUUUAUUUAAACACGGUAAAUGGCUCAGCAAGCUGGUUUUCAGACAUGCCGUGUGAUAAUUACAAUUUAUGAAAAUUAAGACAAGUGAUUAACUAACAAUAGAAUAUAACAGCAAGAAAUGAGUAUUAAAGAAAUAAGAUAAAACUAACAUAAUAAAAAGUUAUAUCCUAAGAUAUGGCGAGUUUAAAGCUAGUAAGAUCCCCCAUCUCACGUGUUUCAUUUUACAGUUGGUUCCAAGCCAUUGCACCCUGAUAAGAAAAUGAACGCUUGAGAAAAUUUGUUUUAGGUAGUGGUAGUUGGAGAUCAUUUCGCAGCUUUGCGGAGCUAUAUCGUCGCUCGCUUAAGACGUUUCACUUUCAAGUUUGGCAGUUUUACUGAUUUUAAGGCGCUCUUUCCAGUGAUACCGACGGGUUUUCCCUAACUGGUCCAUGUCUAAAGUUGAAAAAACCGUGGAAGGAUCCAUAACAGUGGGGACAAAUUACUAGAUAAAUCGUGAUCUUUCGAAAAUAAAGUACAUGCAAGCAUACCAUCAUCUUGCUUCCUUCGGCAUUGAGCUUUUUCUGUGUUGUGAGUUAAUUUAUAUUCAGUGGUGAAUGUCUCUUUUUCCUUAACAUAGAACUGUUGUAUUACAGCCAUUACAGAAAACUCAUUUGCAUUUUUCUAGGCUGCAAUGCUGUCUAUUUUUUAUUAAUCAAGCGCUUCGUGAGUCUGCCACUCCCGUUUUCACCCUUGCGGGAGGAGUUUCGUUUGACCGCUCGCUCUUGCUUGUCACUUUUUAGGAUCGAACCGGUAGAGAUAUGGAAUUGUGAAAUCCUCCUGACCGCUUCGUUGGACUGUACUGUGAGACUGUGGACUAUGGAGGGUCACUUUGUUGGUGAGUUAUUCUCAUGAACUAGAUUUCUGUCCGUUAACUCUAUAAAUUUUCGGCGUUUUCGAGCUGUCGGCUCGGCUUUUAUUUUAUGGUCUGGGCGACAUGCUGAAGUCUGCCCCAUUCUCCCACGGUUUUGCCACGACUCUUCUCAUGACCCUCUCGUCUUUGACGGGCCCUGGGGGGCACUGAAUCCCAGCACUAGAAGAGCGGUGAAGUGGUAACAGCACUUGCCUCACACCUCCGAUUUCGUUUUAGUCCAGAGAUAAUUUUUUGGUGGAUGUUUUGUAAGUUUUCUUUUUUGCUUCAAGCCUCUCUUUCCCGUCAGGUACUCCAAUUUCCCCUUCUGCUUGAAAGCGAAUACUUCCAAAUGAUAAUUUGAUCCGAAACACGCGAACACUUGUCAAAAAACAAAAACGUCUCGCUCCGACUUCGCUGUGACCACUGAAAAAAAAGAACCGUGUUAAAGGGGCUGUGUCACGGUAGUCCAGUUCAUUUUGUUUAAUUCUGCCAAUUACUCGCUCUCAAUCGCUAUGGAACAUAAAGUAAGCAAAGAAAUUACAUGUAAAUGACAAAAUCAGAGAUCUGAGACAAACAAAUAUGUCUCCUGAGCAGUGUUUUUAAAGUUGCAAGCAGCAGGGAUCAACUUUGAAAAACUGUUAGGCUGAACAGUUGUCAAAAACCCUAAUUUCAAUCCGUUUCAAUCUUCUUCAGUUUUGCCCAUCCGUGGAAUCUGUUGUUUCUGUCAUGUUAUUUAAAACUUCUUAUAAAGUUUUGAGCGGUUAUUUUUAUGUUUCUCGUAAUUCAACGGGCAUUUUGUAAUUUCCUAAUUUGGCUGAACUUCGUGACACAGCUCCUUUAACGCCUAGGUGAUUUCUCUCUCUUCUGUAGGAACUCUUGGUCAGCCCAAGAUAUGGGACAUAUCCAACCCAGUGUCAUAUCAACAUCCUAUGGCUCCUUAUGACGUAUUAGUUGAUCCUCAGACUCUACCCAAGUUACCGAAGGACCAAUCUGAUGUAAAGAACAAAGACGAUGACGCUAAAGAUCCAGAAAAGGAUAUUGAGGUUUGGAGAGUACCUUUUUGGGGUUGACACAGGCCAUUUGCUCGAUGACUCUGUGAGCUUUAUUCUUUUGCAGCAAAAGAUUUGGGAGCUUAAGCAACGACGAUGACCACGGCAGUGAAAACGUCGCUAACACAAUUAACCUGCGAGCAAGCUCUCCUAUUUGGGCGAGUGAAACGAGUCUCGCGAGAACGCGCGAACCAGCGGCGAAGCCGCGAGGGCGGAGGAAAGGCCCCUCGCUCGCGGGUUCUCGCGAGGCUCGCUUCGCUGGCCCAAAUAGGACAGCUUGCUCGCAGGCUAUAACACAGUGCAUUUUCGUCCCUUCAAACUUUAUCGCGUCUGUUUGGACUCGCUCAAUUUGUCAAAUGCAGGCGCCGUUUCCUGGAGUUGUACUCUUAAGGACUUUAUCCAGUUUCAAAACGAAAAAGGAAAAUCCGUCUCAAAUUUGUCUUCGUAUGUUCACGCCCUCGCAUUAGGACGGUUCACGUCGUAGUCUUGCAGUGGACGCCAAAGAAAUGUUCUAAAAAGCUUGAUGCAUGACGUGCAGAGUGCAGACCUGUUCUCAUAAAAACAAUUGUUUUUUGACUUCGUCGUAGCCUGUUCCAGGCGUUCAGAUAAUAGAGUGCGUGCGAAAAAUUAACGAGGAAAUAAACCUAGGGGAGACUAGGGAGGGAAAAUGGGAGGACUCCCUCGCUCUCGCCCCAGUCUUCCCUCCUUUUUUUCCCCGUCGUUUUUCCCGCUUACGAUGUAACUCACUCUACCAUCUGAAUAUCGCGGUCUACUAUUUGUACUCCUGGAACAGGCUAUCAUCAUCGUCGUGGUUGUUUAAGCUCCCUGUUGUCCCCGAGCGAGCAGCUGUGUCGAUGAGUCUUUUCCAGUCGUUAUUUUGUUUGUCUGUUUAUUUAUUUAUUUAUUUAUCACUCCUUGCAGGUGGACUCACAACAUGUGCCAUAUUUCUCAAGCUUUUCAGGAAAAGAAUCUCUUGUGUGAGUGUACUGAUGAUUUGUUCACUGUACUCUAUUUUCGAUAAAAUUUUUCUUGUAAGAUAAAACCACACGGUUUGCUUGGGUGGUGAACCUCAAUGCAUCAGCAUGCUGAUAUGGCCGGAGACUUAACUAAAUGCGUUUUGGUUUUGUGUCUUCGACGAUUGCAUAUUUAGUGUAAAAGUAUUUGAAUUUCAGGAUUGAUGAACACGACAUAGCUGCGGAGUUAAAGAAGAAACCCUGGAGAGAAAGCUGUGGAAAAAGGUGAGACCGCCCAGCCAGCCAAGCUUUCCAUUUUCUCUCCUCUCUCCUGGGGUCUCAGUUUUAAGAAGCCAUUCUGUCAAGAAAAAGUUACUUACGAGAUCAACCUCGUUCCCAGGAUUCUCUCCUACCCGUCCCCGCGUCCCCCUCUCUCGCUCCCCAGGACGGGUAGGAGAGGACCCUGAAAACGAGGUUGCUUACAAGAUGUUUUACGAAGCCUUGGAGGGGGCCUGUAUUGUAAAGAAAUACACCCAAGACGUCACCUCUUAUGGUUCUGAAGGAUUGUAGGAAGGCAUAAAAGAAACUAUCGUCUUUGUUUUUGGAGGCCCUUACAUCUGCGUACACAGUAUUAUUGUUCUUGAAAAUUUCCCUAACUGAGGCUAUGAUCACACUGUACCAGACAGCUUUUGCGCCUGCGCGACACUAUGCCGGAUAGGGCUUCUGUUGCCAAACAUAAGAACGGUGAUUUCGGCGCGAUUUCUAGAGGGACUGUAAGAUCCAACGACGCGAGGGCAACAAGAACGUCAACAAAAAGUAGGUUUAGUAGGCAAAACAAUAGCUUUGCACGUGCUUCACGCUUUUUUGUACAUUGCACGACUACGACUUGAAAAUACCUAAUUUAGCGCGUUUUAUGGAGAACGUAAACAAGCAACAACGAAAUUUUAUUUCUCUUUCUGAAUUUGGAUAUGGUUCCUAAGAAUUCAGCUGCAGGAGGGUUCGCUUCCAUCUGACAAAAAAGUGGGUGGGAAUAAUCGCGAUAAAGACUGAGAGAACGCAAAUUCACAUAUCAAGCGACAUUCUCGUUGCCGUCGCCUCGUUGGAUCUUAAAGACAUAAGUCCCUUAUAACGGGGCGAAGCUGCGCCGCGCCGAUCACGAAAGUUUAGAGUUCACAUAUUGGAUAGGUGUUCACACUAAGCCGGAUACGUUUUCGUGGCAGCACGAAAAGCGGUGCGGUAUAGUCUGAUCAUAGCCUAAAUGUCGUGGUGUCCCUUGAGAGUUCUUGGUAAUAUCUUGCUGUUUUUGUAAAUGUUGAUGCCACAAUAAAUUUAUUCUAUUAAUUUUUUUCUUACAGAUUGCGUCAUGAAAGACUGAAGAAAACUCCCAAAGAUGUCGGCGGACCAAACGCUUAUCAAACACUAACGUGCUUCGAGCUGGAAGACACACCUCCUCUCCCCAAUCCUCCUUCCUCCUCGUCUAUUGAUGAUCCGUUCGAUAUCAGAAUAUAGGCAGUUAAUUUUUCAAAGUGUGAGAGCGGCGGUACCAAAUAGCCUCCUUCUCCUAAUAUAUUGUAUAGUCACUGCCAAAGCACCAAUUAAUUACGUCUUUGAAAUUGCUUUGGAAAAUUUGUAAGAUAUUUAAAAUGGCUGUGUCACGCUUCUGCUUGCAUAUGCUAUCUUGUUUAAAAAGCUUAAACCAUUUUCCCAUAAAUUGAAUUCGAAAAAUAAUGGUCCAUUUUUGUCAUUUAAGACUAUUUUUAGGCAUUGAAGUCAUGACUUUAGUACAGAAUUGAGCUAAAAACAGCCAUAUCCUCGUGACUUAGCCCCCUUUAAAACUGCAGUAGAAUCUCGAUUUUUCCAUUCCGUGGUUCUUGUAUCUGCCGAUUUUGAAAUCAAGCCAGACCUGACUUGCCUUUGCCAAUCAAACACCCAGUAACUGUUUUUCCUGUCUUGGUAGAACUAAUGUUCUUUUUCCCAGGAGUAAACACUGAAGGCUGCCGCAAGAAGCUGUUAUGUGAAAUUUAAAUAUCUUGUCUCGUGCUUAGAAGUGUUUUUCUUUUUAAUAUUCUUAUGAUUAUUCAAUUGUUCAGCCUCGUUCCAAAGAACUGUGAUCCUUCUUGCAAGAUUCUCAGUAUUAAUCCUCUUCUGUUUUGCUACUACCUCUGACCAUCCUUCCAUCAUCUUUAAAAUUUAACUUUUAAAAGAAAAUAUUAUUAUUAUUAUUAUUAUUAUUUAUUAUUAUCUAUCAUUAUCACGGCAUUAUUAUUAUUAUAGCUCAGCUUAAAAUGCAUUACCAGGGUUUCAACUUUGUAUUUUGUAUUUGUCUCAGAAAUUUCACCUGUCAAGGUGCUUCACCUCAACUGUGCUUAGGUUUGUCGACGAGGAAAACGUCAAAAUAUUUCUAGAUUUAUGACACAAUUUUCAAACUUCGCGUGUAUUUUUCGUGAAGUGAAACUAAUGUUGAAAGGGCUUCUUUGCUCUAGUUAAUGAAAGGGUGAAAAUAAUUAAAUUUAGUUCACUUAAUUUAUUAUUACUUUAAAACUGAUUGGACUCGCGUACAAAUUAUUUUACACAAAAUGGUACGAAUUUCUUGAGUUCUUUUAAAAUAUAUAUUUUAAUUGGGUGAGUCUGACGUAUUUUUAGCAAAGGACGUAGAUUAUUUUAUGCGUUUUGAUGUUAAACGUAGCGGGGCAUGUUGUACAAUACAUGUAAAUAAAUAAGAGUGUGAAGAUAUAACGGACUCUGUUCGGUUUAAAUAUUGUCAAAAGCACAAUUUAAGUGUGAAUAAAUGUUUUUGCAGG